UCACACUGCCCAAGAUCCAGUUUGAGCCGUACAUCGUUGCCCUGGACCAACAACAGCACAAUCCAACGGCUCAACAUCAAAGCUCGGCAUAUCAGAAAAGCGGUUUCUUCACAGUGUCCAAAAUCGCUCAUAGGCUUUAGAGAGAGAGAGAAGAGGGGAAGCGAGAGUAAGAGAGAGAGAGAGAGAGAGAGAGAGAGAGAGAGAGAGAAGGCGAUGGAGAAGGAGAGGGAGCAACAUGUGUACUUGGCUAGACUUGCUGAGCAAGCCGAGAGAUAUGAUGAAAUGGUUGAAGCAAUGAAGAAAGUGGCCAAGUUGGACGUGGAAUUGACAGUGGAGGAGAGAAAUUUGGUUUCUGUUGGGUAUAAGAAUGUCAUUGGUGCAAGAAGGGCAUCUUGGAGGAUAUUAUCUUCCAUUGAACAGAAGGAGGAAGGCAAGGGGAACGAACAACAUGUGAAGAGGAUAAAGGAGUAUAGGCAGAGGGUUGAAGAUGAGCUUUCAAAGAUAUGCUACGACAUAUUAUCAGUUAUUGACAACCAUCUACUUCCGUCUUCCUCAAGUGGGGAAUCUACUGUUUUUUACUACAAGAUGAAAGGAGAUUACUAUCGAUAUCUAGCUGAGUUUAAAAUAGCUGAGGAUCGUAAAGAAGCUGCAGAUCAGUCACUUAAAGCCUAUGAGGCUGCCACUAGCACAGCUUCCUCUGAUUUGCCCCCAACUCAUCCAAUUAGACUUGGAUUGGCUCUGAACUUUUCUGUUUUCUACUAUGAGAUUCUUAACUCACCUGAGAGGGCCUGCCACCUGGCUAAGCAAGCGUUUGAUGAGGCUAUUGCUGAACUUGACAGUCUCAAUGAAGAAUCUUACAAGGACAGUACCCUUAUUAUGCAGCUUCUUAGGGAUAAUCUCACGCUUUGGACCUCGGAUCUGCCAGAGGAAGGAGGUGAGCAGUCUAAGGUUGAUGAACAUCCAGCUGAGACUUAGCUGGGAUAGAGAGGGAUUCUUUUGGACUGGGUUUGUUCCAGGAGCGAUGUAGGUGUUGCAGACUUAUUAUUGCUUGCUAGUUGUAGAACAAGGAUUGUAGUAUUGGCAUGUAUGUAUUGUCUGUUAAACCAAAAAGUCAAUUCUGCUACACUAUUUUCCUGUUUGAUGGAUUUUCUUGUGAACUUUGACAACAUGAUCAAAAAUUUGUCUGAUAAAAAAAAAAAAAAGUUUCGUUUCCCUAAUAUUAUAUUAUAUUAGAAACC